UUGUCAAAGCGAACAUAUUAGUGCCGCUUAUAAUGCCGAGUGAACUUUGUUAAAUCGUGAAUAAACAGUGUACGUGACAUUUGCAUGUGAGUGACAAUUGUUGAAAGAUGAACGUGCUGGCGAAAAGCAUCGCGAGCUUCACGAGAUCUUGCUUGACGAGGAGCAUCGAAGCUCAGCGGCUUGCACCAGUUGCCCCUAGCUAUGUUGAUGGUUUCGCAGGUAGCAUACUGUCAGCUGCCAAAAAAUGUUUGCAGAAUCCUAUACAAGGUCUGCAACCGGCUCGUCUCGCCAACGACAUGUCCCGCCUGAUCAGGAUGCACCGGCUCGGGCCGCUGAUGAAGAAGCGCAAGUGCACGAAUCCGUUCAACGGCCAGCCCUUCGCCAAGGGCGUCGUGAUCAAGUGCUUGACCAAGAAGCCCAAGAAGCCCAACUCGGCGAAUCGCAAGUGCGUCAUCGUGCGACUGUCGACCGGCCGAGAGAUGACCGCCUACGUGCCAGGCAUCGGACACAAUUUGCAAGAGCACAAUAUCGUGCUGUGCCGGGUGGGCAGAUGCAAGGACGUACCCGGAGUCAAGAUCAAGUGCGUGCGAGGCAAGUACGAUCUGCCGCACGUAGCCAAGCGCACCACCGCCUGAGGAGAGAAGCGACCCAAUCGAAUAUAAUUGUAAAUCUCGCCUCUCGCCCCACACACACGCACGCCUUUAUUGUAAUUU